CAGGUCACUUGGGCAGACACACACACGUGCAUUUUGGAGAGUGAUAUUUUGUCAGAAAACUUCUACCUAGUUUUUGCCGUAACGUCGCCGGUUGAGAAGUGUUAGGAUGGCGGAGUUUGUUCAGCAGAACAUCGAGAAGAUGCUCCCCGAGCUGGAGCAGUUAGAACGGGUCGGCGUCUUCGACAAGCACGAAAUUAAAGCCAUCAUCAAGAAGAGAACAGACCAUGAGUACAGACUGGUGCGCAGGACCAAGAAGAAGGAAGACUUUCUCCGAUACAUCCAGUACGAGAUCAACACACUGUCGCUUAUACACCAUAGACGAGAGAACCUGGGCUAUUUCUUCAAGAAGGAAGAGAUAGAAUAUGCCAUUGUUGGAAGGAUCCAUUAUCUAUUCAAGAGAGCUAUCAGGAAGUGGCCAGAAGAUUUGAAGAUGUGGAUGUCACAUAUCGAGUUCUGCAAGAAAUGGAAUAAACGUAUCCAGCUGUCCAAGAUGUUUGCCAGUCUGCUGUCCAUGCACACCAACAAACCAGGCCUGUGGAUCAUGGCAGCUAAGUGGGAACUAGAAGAGAACCAGUCAGCUGACAACGCUCGCAGUCUGCUACAGAGGGCACUCCGUACACACCCCGAGUCUAAACAGCUCUGGCUGGAGUAUUUCCGAAUGGAACUGCUUAACACAGAAAAGGUCAGAAUCAGAUGGAACAUCAUCAGCAAUGAAUUCUCCAGGCCUGAGGGCUCAGAAGAUAUCCCAGAUGCUUUGUUCCAAGGGAAGGCUGCCACUAUAGUCUACAAGAAAGCAACUGAAGCUAUAACAGAUGACAUAGAAUUCCUCUUGUCCUUCAUUCCUGUGUGUCAGAAGUUUGACUUCACCAAGGACCACCAAGAUCUCAUCUACAAUGAUUUACAGGACAGGUUUGCGGACCAUGAGUUGACGUGGAGUGCUCUAGCUCAGAGAGAGAUGCAGGGUGAAGACACUGCCAUUGAGGAGGCACAGAAAAGGGGACUAAACCAUGAGCUUGCUGUACUGAACCUGAUUGACAAGGCCUCUCAGGUGUAUGACAGAGCUGUAGAAAAAGUCAACACAGUGAAGAUGUGGUCUCUGUACUGUGACUUCCUGAUGGAGAAAUUACAAGAAACAGCUUCAGAGUCAUUCAUGGACCAGGUGUCCAGCAGACUGCUGAACAUCUUAUCAUCUGCACAAGAAGAGGACAAAGUUUCUGAAGAAAUGUAUGGUUCAUGGGUUGAUCUACUGGAACAGUUAGGAAAGUUAGAAGAAGCUACAGAGGUGUCGUCCUCAGCUACAGACAAGUAUCCCCUGUCCCCAGACCUGUGGGUACAGAGACUCAAGCUGCUGGCAGCCGGAGGGGCCAACCAGAUCAACCCUGUGUUCCAGAAGGCCAUUGCCAAGGUCAAGAACAAGGACUCCCUUCCCCUCUGGACGUUCAGGAUAGAGUGGGCCAUCAGUAACAGGGAGGAACAUGCAGAGGAGCUGUUUCAGAAAGCCAUCCUGAGUGUGAAGAAGUGGUCCACCCCCAUACAAGAGUGGUACGUCCAGUGGGCUGUGGUCAGUGGGGGCAUCAAGAAGACAAGGGCUGUGUACAAAUGGCUGAGAGAGACCAAGUUUGUACCCCUUCCAGUCUUCAGGAAGUACAUUGAGUUGGAAAGUGGGCAGCUGAAGCCAAAGAUGAAACUGAUCAGGAACUGUUAUGAGGAUGCACUGAGGGAGUAUGGGGAGGCUGAGCCUGACCUGUGGCUGGACCUGAUCCAGCUGGAGAGGACCCACCCUGAUGGGAGACCUGAGAACGCAGGCCAGCUGUACUGGAGAGCUGUCAAAUCACUCAGCGGGGAACACAACCAGUACUUUGUUAGUAGAUAUGCACUGGUGCAAACUGGACACUUAGAAAAAUAGGGAAACAAAAAA